CGAGCUGCCGCUGCCAUGCCUCCGCGCGCGCCGCCUGCGCCCCGGCCCCGGCCGCCGCCCCGGGCCGCCGCCGCCGCCGCCGCCGCCGCGGGCGCACGGGGCGAGGGGGGCGCCGGCGGGCGCGGGUUCCGGCCACUCGCGCCGCGUCCCUGGCGCUGGCUGCUGCUGCUCGCGCUGCCCGCCGCCUGCUCCGCGCCGCCGCCGCCGCGCCCCGUCUACACCAACCACUGGGCAGUGCAAGUGCUGGGCGGCCCGGCCGCGGCGGACCGCGUGGCCGCGGCGCACGGCUACCUCAACUUGGGCCAGAUUGGCAACCUGGAGGACUACUACCAUUUCUACCACAGCAAAACCUUUAAGAGAUCGACCCUGAGUAGCAGAGGCCCUCACACCUUCCUCAGAAUGGACCCCCAGGUGAAGUGGCUGCAGCAGCAGGAAGUGAAGCGCCGGGUGAAGAGGCAGGUGCGGAGCGACUCGCAGGCACUCUACUUCAACGACCCCAUCUGGUCCAACAUGUGGUACAUGCACUGUGGCGACAGGAACAGCCGCUGCCGGUCGGAAAUGAACGUGCAGGCAGCCUGGAAGAGGGGCUACACGGGGAAGAACGUGGUGGUCACCAUCCUGGAUGAUGGCAUAGAGCGCAAUCACCCCGACCUGGCCCCCAACUAUGACUCCUAUGCAAGCUAUGACGUCAACGGGAACGAUUAUGACCCGUCCCCGCGGUACGACGCCAGCAAUGAGAAUAAACACGGCACUCGCUGUGCGGGAGAAGUCGCUGCUUCAGCCAACAACUCGUACUGCAUCGUGGGCAUAGCGUACAACGCGAAAAUCGGAGGCAUCCGCAUGCUGGACGGCGACGUCACGGACGUGGUGGAGGCCAAGUCGCUGGGCAUCCGCCCCAACUACAUCGACAUCUACAGCGCCAGCUGGGGCCCGGACGACGACGGGAAGACGGUGGACGGGCCUGGCCGCCUGGCUAAGCAGGCUUUCGAGUACGGCAUUAAAAAGGGCCGGCAGGGCCUGGGCUCCAUUUUUGUCUGGGCGUCUGGGAAUGGCGGGAGAGAAGGGGACUACUGCUCCUGUGACGGCUACACCAACAGCAUCUACACCAUCUCUGUGAGCAGCACCACCGAGAACGGGUACAAGCCCUGGUACCUGGAAGAGUGCGCCUCCACCCUGGCCACCACCUAUAGCAGCGGGGCCUUUUAUGAGCGGAAAAUCGUCACCACGGAUCUGCGCCAGCGCUGCACAGAUGGCCACACUGGGACCUCCGUCUCGGCCCCCAUGGUGGCAGGCAUCAUUGCCCUGGCUCUAGAAGCAAACAGCCAGCUGACCUGGAGGGAUGUCCAGCACCUGCUAGUGAAGACCUCCCGGCCGGCCCACCUCAAGGCAAGCGACUGGAAGGUCAACGGUGCCGGGCACAAAGUUAGCCAUCUCUAUGGAUUCGGCUUGGUGGAUGCAGAAGCUCUGGUUCUCGAAGCCAAGAAGUGGACAGCAGUGCCCUCCCAGCACAUGUGUGUGGCCACCGUGGACAAGAGGCCCAGGAGCAUCCCGGUAGUGCAGGUGCUACGCAGCACGGCCCUGACCAGUGCCUGCGCCGACCACUCGGACCAGCGCGUGGUCUACCUGGAACACGUGGUGGCUCGCAUCUCCAUCUCGCACCCGCGCCGGGGAGACCUUCAGAUCCACCUGAUCUCUCCCUCAGGAACCAAGUCUCAGCUCCUGGCCAAGAGGCUGCUGGAUCAUUCCAACAAGGGUUUCACAAACUGGGAGUUCAUGACCGUCCACUGCUGGGGAGAAAAGGCUGAUGGGGAAUGGACCUUGGAGAUCCAAGACAUGCCGUCCCAGGUCCGAAACCCGGAGAAGCAAG